UAUCACAUCAGUAGAGGGUAUUUGCUCGUAGGUUUUCGACCGUACAUUGCAGCUGGUGUUGCAGUAGUCAAACAGCAAUACAAGUUCAACAGAAGCCCGGGUUAAGGGAGGGUUAAGGAGGCUCCUGGUCGGACCGGGAUGGUUUCAAGCUGGAUGAAUUGAUCAUCGACCAGGCUUGUGUGUCUUAAGUGUGUGAAUGUGUAACUGUUUAUGUGUAAGUGUGUGUGUAAUACUCUGGGUUAGUAGCAGAACAAUGUGCUGCGCAGACUCUAUUGCCAUCUGCAGGGACUGACACACACACAGCUACACCUAAAGUAGUCGAUGCGGUCUUCCAGAGGUGCCUCCUUCCUGUGGCGGAGAACCCAGAAGCAGCAGCAGUAUGUCCCGCGUGUCAUCUACGGCCAAACGCUAUGGGGGCCCCUCCUCUUACACCAGCCACUACAGCUCCUAUGGCUCCUCCCUCACGCCGGGCCUUAGCACGGCCUACAGCGAACGGGACAAGGCCUCCUCCUACAGGUUACCCGUCACCUCCACCUCCACCUCAGGCUACUCUUCCUACUCCUCCUCCUCGUCCAGUUACCUGGGCAGCUCUGCCUCCCGCGCCCGCAACUACAGCAGCUCCUCUGAGCCUGACCGGGGCCGGACGGUGCCAAGCCUCCUUGGAGUGGGGCGCCGUAGUGAGAGCUUGAGCCGCAACCCGAUCAAGAGCUACUCCGGGUCGGGCCUGAGUGCUGGUGGGACGGCGUACCCUGGCUACGGAUACGGCUCCUACAGGUCACCUUCCACCACCUCCUCGGUCUACCCCAGCUACCUCUCCUCCUCCUCCUCCUCAGCCACCUCAGGCCUCUCGCUUAGCCGGCGCAAGUCUGUGUCCCAGAGUGACCUGAGCCAGGGUUUGUCCUCGCUGGGCCUGACCGACCGCUCAUACUCCUCCGCCUCCUCCGCCAGCGCCCUGAGGAGUUACCGGGAUCUAACCCGUGAGGCAACCAAUACGUACGGUAGUGGUGGCAUCAGCUCCCGUGCCACCUACCCAAGCCUCUCUCGGAGCAGCACCCAGGAGGCCUUCGUCAGCAGCAGCAGCACGCACACCAGCUCCCCCAGCAGGGACUCCACAAACUCCAAGAGUGCACAGGGCCUUGUGGGAUUGCGCAACCUGGGAAACACAUGUUUUAUGAAUAGCAUCCUGCAGUGUCUUAGCAACACACACAGUCUGAGAGACUACUGCCUGCACAACUCGCACCGCAGAGACCUUAACAACAACAGCCGCACCAACACAGCCCUCAUGGAAGAAUUUGCCAAGCUGCUCCAGACCAUGUGGAUGUCGUCCAACAGCGAUGCUGUCAGCCCGUCUGAGUUCAAGACUCAAAUCCAGAGAUACGCACCCAGAUUCGUAGGAUACAACCAACAGGACGCUCAGGAGUUCCUGCGCUUCCUACUGGAUGGCCUCCAUAACGAGGUCAACAGAGUAUCUGUCAGGCCCAGAGGCACCUCUGAGGACUUUGAUCACCUCCGGGACGAGGAGAAAGGGAAAAAGAUGUGGAGCAAAUACCUGGAGCGAGAGGACAGUAAAAUAGUCGACCUGUUUGUGGGCCAGCUGAGAAGCUCGCUAACCUGCAGUCAUUGUGGCUUCUGUUCAACAGUCUUCGACCCCUUCUGGGAUCUCUCGCUGCCUAUCGCCAAGAAGGGCUACAGUGAGGUGAGCCUGAUGGACUGCAUGAGGCUGUUCACCAAGGAAGACGUCCUCGACGGCGACGAGAAGCCUACCUGCUACAGAUGUAAAGCCAGGCGACGGUGCACCAAGAAGUUUACGGUACAAAGGUUCCCCAAGAUCCUCGUGCUCCACCUUAAGCGCUUCUCUGAGGCCCGCAGAACAAGCAAACUCUCCACCUACGUCAACUUCCCCAUGAAGGAGCUGGACCUGCGGGAGUUUGCCUCGGGGAACAGCACCAAUGCCGUGUACAACCUGUAUGCCGUGUCCAACCACUCAGGCACCACCAUGGGCGGCCACUACACGGCCUACUGUCGCAACCCCACCUCAGGUGAAUGGUACAGCUUCAACGACUCCAGGGUGCCACUCAAUGACAUGCAAAUGCAGACCGAAGCGUCAUCAACACACCCCCUCAAAUGGUGUGAAAUGCCGACUUUCUACUCCUCAUUCACAUAUAAGGGUAACGCCAAUGUCCUCCAGCCAAGUGCGCAGUAGUGAUGCGUACGUGUUGUUCUAUGAGCUGGCCUCCUCCUCACGGAUGUAAACCCCCCCCGUCCAUCUCCCCCCUCAUCCUCUCCUACGAUGACGCUGAACGACAGGAAGGCCAAGGCGCCACAGACACAGACACACACGCAGACACACACGCAAAUGCACACAGACAUACACACAGAUACACACACACACACUCAGACACACACACACAAGCAAAUGCAGUGAAAACAAAUAAAUCUCAUUAUUUUCUUCCUCAACCCAUCUGGUCAUUAUCGUCCAAUUCCGCUGAAACAGUGUGUGUGUGUGUGUGUGUGUGUGUGUGUGUGUGUGUGUGUGUGUGUGUGUGUGUGUGUGUGUGUGUGUGUGUGUGUGUGUGUGUGUGUGUGUGUGUAUUUGAACAGAUCAGAAGUCUCCCUCUAUGCACUGCAAAAUGAACCGAACUCUCAUCCCAACAGCGCCUUUACUUCACACAAAAACGGAUCUUCUCGUUUGCCUCAAACAUUUAAAUUAAGACAUUUUCUCCCCAAGAAAUGUCUCUAAUUUUGGCUUUUUGUGUUUUGAUUUGGAUCUUUUUGUAUGUUCUAGUUUUGUUUAUCUGCAAUGUCCCUCAUUAUCACAAGGUUAUCAUGACAUUGUUAUUCAUUAUUAUUAAUUGCCAUGGCGUUAUUUGAGAUAUUCUAUGUUGACAGUUCCUGCAAUGAUGGUUCCGAUGUUACACUCUCACUCUACCAGCCCUUCCACUGCGGUACCACACUCCUCUACGUUUUAACAUGCUCUCUCUCUCUCUCUCUCUCUCUCUCUCUCUCUCUCUCUCUCUCUCUCUCUCUCUGUUGGGAGGCCGGUGGCACUGUGAGUGUUGUCCUGUCUAAGAGACACCAUAAUACUCUGUUGUUAUAGUUUUUUUAUUUGUAGUCUUUUUUUUUCCCACUGCUAAUGAUGUUUUAACAGUACUGUGAAUACAUGAAUGAAUGGACAUAUUGUGUAUGCACAUAUUAGAAGACAACAUGCUGACAAUGAGGACUUUUACUUGCAGCACAAGAUCCUUUCUUCCUCUUCUUGUUUCUUUGCCAUUGAAAAACAUGGAAAGAAUGUUUUCAAGAAAAAAAGAUCACAAUAUCAGUAUAUUUUUAUAUCCUGAUGCAAUAUGGAGAAUGUACUAUACAGUGGUGCUGAAAAUGACCCAUAACUGUUUUCAGUUGGUUAAUUUAACAAGUUUCAAGAGAGAUUAAACAAAAAAUGAUAUUUAUGCUUACAGUUGAUAAUGUGAUGUGUCACUUUUUAACAGUCGCAGUUAUAAGUAUAUACUUGUGAAUAAAUAAAUUAUAUACCUACAACUGGUUUUACUUUUAAA